AUGUUAUUCAGAAAUAAUGUCUUAGCAAAUUACUGAAGAUUAUAUGUCAUUUUUAUGAUUAAUUAAAUCUGUUCAAAUUUAAGUUAUGAUUUCUUUUGCCAGUGAUAAUCAAGAGUUAUCCAUUGAUUUGAGAUAAAAGUAUUGUUUAUUAUUAAGCUAAAAUCUAGACAAUGAGAACACAUAAUAGAUAGCAAGUGUUUCUAUUUCAUUACAGCUUGUUCCAUAAGAGAUCGAGAUGUGCAAAGAAGUUUAAGGAAGAAAAUCAUUUCGUUUUGAUUUAAAUCGGGUUCACAAUGACCCUCAUUCUGAAAUUCUUUGUAUUUGUGAAAGUUUUGAUACUUUGUCUUGAUUUUUGCUAUUGUCAAGACGAAGUUCCGAGACCGACAUUUCCACCUGUGUUUCAAGUGGAAGUACAAGGAAUAUUUAAAAAUGAGAAGGAGGAGAUGGAAGGGACUUUGUUCUACGACAGCUCAAAGAACAGAGGAGCUCUGCGCUUCACGUUUCAAGGUGAUACUACGCACUCCAUUUACAGAUUCGACGAUGAUGAAAUGCUUUACAUUAGUGGAAAUGAAUGCACUGUUUCGAAUAUUAAUGCUGAUUCUGCAGGAGCAUUUUUCCCAUUCUAUGUGGACCGAAGCGGAAACAAAACCUUAGCAAAACCGGAAGAAGUUUUAUUUUUUACUAAUUCGACUUUCGACAGAGAAGAAGAAUCUUUUCUCCCCUCUUACAUCUAUAAAGCGAAAUUAAAUUUCCCGCCUUAUGAUCAGUCUAACUGUGAAGUUACCCACGUUUUUACAAAGCCAGAUGUGCAGAUGCCAGACUGCAACAGUAAUAUAUGUAAACCCACAUUGAUUGCAAUCUCUAUUGUGUGUCUGAGUAACGAAGGAAAAGCAGAAAUUGAUCAGACGUUCAAUUUCUUCCGAUUCAAAAGCAAGAUUAUUGACACAAAUAUAUUCUUGGCCCCUCCUGGCAUUUUUUGCAAUGCAACGAAUAAGAACAAGUUUCCAGGCCUGCCAAGUUAUUUCAGUUUCUCUUACGAUUUGAUUGACGAACAGGAAUGGACAACUGUUGAUCCUGGUGUAUUUGCUGUUCACAAAAAAGUUUGGCACGAUUCAACAAUGAACAUUCUUCGAAUGGAUGAAUUCGAUGACGACGGUGCACUGAUAGCAUCUAGAGUGUUUGAUGUCAAUGGCGGUGUAGCAUAUACUUCAAUAUCUAGCUUAGCUUCCUGUGAAAUGGGUCCCAUCAGUAGUGAUGAUGUACCUCUGGAUGAAAUGACAAGGUUACCAAAAGUGUUUUUCAGAGGGGAGAAAGCACUUAGCGAAGCUGUUUAUGUCGGAACUAGACACAUCCAUGCUUUGGAUUAUGAAGUCUGGAGUCUGAUGUCUGUUGAUAAAGAAACCUACCAAAUGAUCGUUCAAGAUUUCUAUUUUACAAAGAAUGCUCCGAAAGCCAACGUAUCAGCAACGUUGAAACUUUCUCAUGCUGAGAUCUACGCUUACCAAAGCAAUACUGAAACACGCAAGUUCGAACUGUCCGUGUUCACUUAUUUAUCCAUAAAUAACUUCUUGGACAGGCUAAGAUGGGAAGCCUUUGACGUAUCGCCUUGUUUCACGAGUGAACAAAAGAAGAGAUUUCGUUUAAAAGUGAAAGGGCCUCCUAUUGUGAAAAACAGCAAAACGUAUCAAGAAGUAUUGAAGCGCCUGUAUGUGCAUUUGAUUCAAGCGACCAAAAUAUCGGUGAUAAGACUGAGUGAACUCUCUUCUGUAUUCGAUGGUGUAAAAAUUGUUGAAUUCAGAGGCUGGAUAUUGGAGAAGCCUAAGGUUGCGGGUUCUGAGGCAGGAAAAAAGGAGCCAGACAUGAAUGAAGCGUAUAAAAUAAUCGAAGAAUUAGCAAAAGCUGGAAAAUUAUCUUUGAAGUUGAAUAAAGAUGGAGAGGAGGCUGAAUACAAAAUAACUGCAAUAUCAGAUAUUGAACCUGAAGAUGAGAAACCAAAAAUUCCUGAUGUUUUCCAAGUGGAGGUGCAAGGAAUCUUCAGGUACGCAAAUGCAGAGAUAGAUGGUAGUUUAUUCUAUGAUAGGAGAAACAACAAAGCGGCGGUGUCUUUCACUUACCAGGGAGAUACCACGAAAAAAAUCUACAGAUUCGAUGAUAAUGAAGUGCUUGCUAUUAGUGGUACAGAAUGCACUGUUGAUAAAAUCGACGACAAUCCUUCUAACUCAUUUUUUUCUUUUACUGUUGAUGAAAAAGGAAGAAAGGUUUUGGCAGAACCGGAAAAAGUGUUCUACUUUACAAAUUCGAUAUUAGACAAAGAACAGAUGUUUGUUUUUCCAGCGUAUAUAUAUAAAGGGAAGAUCGACAUCCCGCAGUAUGGGGUAACUGAUUGCGAAAUUAUUCAUAUCUUUACAAGACCAGAAGAGAGGAUACCGAAUUGUGAAAACAAUUCCUGCCAGCCCACAAUUGUAACCAUAUCAGUAAAAUGCAAGAAAGGAAACAGAGAAAUCGAUCACACAUACAAUUUCUUCCGAUUCAAAUCCAGCAUCGAAGACACAAAUGUAUUCCUACCACCGUCUGGCGUUUUCUGCAAAGUCACGAAUAAGAACGAGUUUCCAGGUGUGCCUGCUUAUUUCAGCUUCUCCUACGAUUUGAUUGAUGAACAAAAAGGAACGGGUGAUAACCCAGGUGUUUUUGCUGUGCACAAAAAGGUCUGGUACGAUUCUAAGCUUAAUAUUAUUCGAAUGGAUGAAUACGACGAUGACCAAAUAUUAAUCGCAUCUAGAAUUUUCGACUUUUAUGGAGGAGUCGCAUAUACAUCGGUAGCUAGUUUAUCUACCUGUGAAAUAGGCCCCUUCAACAGCAAAGAAGUGUCUCUGGAUGAAAUGACACGGUUACCAAAAGUAUUUUUUCAAGGAAAGGAAGCUCUUAAAGAGUCUAUUUAUGUUGGAACUAGACGAAUUCAUGCUUUGGAUUAUGAAGUGUGGAGUUUGUAUUCGUAUGACGAAACAAAUGAAGCUAAAAUUGUUCAAGAUUUCUAUUUUACAAAAAGUGCACAAAAGCCUACAGGAUCCGGAAAACUGAAACUUUCACAUGCAGAAGUAUACAAAUACCAAAAGAAUGAUACAACAGACAGGUUUGAACUGUCAUUGUUUACUUACUUAUCCAUAAAUAGCUUCAUUGAAAGAUUAAGAUGGGAAGCUUUUGACAUAUCACCAUGCUUCACUAGUCAACAGAAGAAGGGCUUCCGAUUAAAGGUGGAAGGUCCUCCUACAGUAAAGGACAGCAAAACAUAUCAAGAAGUUUUGAAACGUCUUUAUUUAAAUUUGAUUAUAGCCACAAAUGUGUCUGUGAUUAGAUUGAGCGAACUGGCUUGCGUAUAUGAUGGUGUAAAAAUUGUUGAAUUCACUGGUUGGAUCUUGGAUAAACCAAAAGUUACAGGAACUGAGUCGGGGAAGAAGGAACCAGAUAUGCACACAGCCUAUAGAAUAAUUGAAGAAUCGGCGAAGACGGGGAAUUUGUCUCUGAAAAUUAAAAGGGAUGGGAAGGAUGUCGAAUAUAAAAUAACUGCAAUUGAAAAUAUAGUGCACCCAGAAACUAUAAUGAAGAAUUCAUUCUCUGGAGCAACUCUUGCUGGUACUGCCUUGGGACUCUUCGUUGUUGGAAUAAUUAUGGGUGUAGCGGGCUAUUAUGUCUUCCUGAGAAAAAGAAAUACGUUACCUGACUACACGUUACACUUGAAGACAAUGAAAGGCUGAAGAAAAUGUGAACUAGAAACUGUUAUUGACUUUCUUUUACUGUACCAUCUGUUUUACAGAAACUUAUUUUAGGAAUUGAACCUGAUGUAAAUGUAGUUAUGUUUAUUUUGUUUUAUUUAAAAGCUUUCUUAUUUUCUAUAA